AUGAACUAAGAAACAUAAUAGAAAAUGGAAGUAUCAGAUAAAGUAGAAAAGGAGAAUUCUAUAGGAGAUGAACAUGAAGAUGAAAACCAAGAUUUAGUAGAAGAUUUAUUAUUUGGAGAUAUAGAAUUUGAGAGUAAAGAAUUCAAAAUAGAGAGAUUAUCUCAUAGCUAAAAAAAAUUAUAAUAAUAUCAUUAGCAUUUGCAAAAACAUACUGAUAAGGAAUUUUUAAAGGAUAAAUGGAAUCAAAGAAAGAAAAGAGUUAAUAAGCGUUUAGAUGGAUUGUCAAAUGAUGAAAAAUUCUAAGAAAGAUGCAAACGUAAAGAAGAAAUCGAAUAAGAAAGAUUAAAUAUGAUCAAAGGCUACGAAAGUGGUAUUCCAUUGAUUAUUGAUAACUCUUUUGAGUAGUAUAUGACAUUUAGAGAAAUACGUUCUUUGGCCAUACAAAUUUCAUAAACAGUUUUUGCUUAGAGAAAAAAUAAAAAUCCCUUUUAGGUGAAUGUCUGCAACGCUUCUUAAUAAUUGAAGGAUUGCAUGAACACACAAAUUUUCAAAAAGUUGCCUUUUAAUGUAUAUGAACAAGAUAUUUUAGAAAUUGAAAGGUUUAAAGGAAAAGAAGCAAAUAUGAUUUAUUUAUCACCUGAUAGCGAAAAUGAGCUAGAAACUGUCGAUCCUAGUGGGAAUACAAUUUAUAUAGUAGGAGGUUUAAUAGAUAGGACAGUUAAGAAAUGGGCUAGUUAUGAUAGAGCAAAUUCUAUGAAUAUCAAAUCAGCUAAAUUGCCUAUUAAUUAAUACUUAAGUGAUCUUACUAGGAGAGCCUUAAAUAUAGACACUGUGACAGUCAUGAUGGGAUUAGCAAUACAUCUUAAUUUUGAUUGGAAGACUACCACUUUGACUGUUUUAGGAAAUAGAAAAAUUAAUGAAGACCUUAAAGAAGAACAAAAGCAAAUCUAUUGA